GUCUAUCCAUAUUUAUUGAUAAAUAAUAAUAUAUCAUGCAUCAUGUGCUACAGGAAGAUUUGGACGUGAGAGGUAUAUGUUUUUCAAGUUGUGAAAAGUACAUGAAUGCAUAUGAUGAUAUAAAAGUCAAAUUUCAACAUCUCCAUCUUUUAAGUUUUACCAAAUACUCAAAUAUAAAUAUAAUAAGCUCAUACUUAAAAAAUACUCAUGAACUAAGGUGGUUGAGAGUUCAAUAUUCUACAACAAAUAAUAUGAUAAUAUUACAAGAAAAUAUUAAAAUAAUUUCUGAUAUUACAUGUUACAAAAAUAUUCAUAAAAUUAUUAUUUUAGAACUAAUUGACAUAGAUUUUUUAAAAUCAUUUUCAAUUGACACAUCUAAUAUGAUGUACUUAAAACAUUUAAACUUAAAAAAUUGUACAAAUCUUGAAAAUAUCAAUCUUUAUGGAGAACAAAAAAUUGCUUUAGAAAUUAUUAAUCUUGAAGGAUGCAAAAAUCUAAAAGAUAUAACAAAUCUACUUGAUAAUAUACAAUCUUUAAAAAAAGUGAAUAUGAAAAAUUGUACAAAUUUAUUAAAUAUAGGAAAAAAUAUACAUCCUUUAUCUUCAAUAAUAGAAAUAUACUUGCAAGAAUGUUGGAGUUUAAAUGAAAUUCAUAAAGCUUUUGAAAACUUACACUUUCUUGAAAAUCUUGUUUUAUCAAAUUGCAAGAAUAUAAAAAAAAUCUAUGCAAAUUUUAUAAGCAUGACAAAUUUGAAGAAGAUAUGGCUUGAUGGAUGUGAAAACUUAGAAGACAUGCCAUUAGGUUUGAAGACACUAUCAUCAUUGGAAUAUUUGAAUCUUCAAAAUUGUGCAAAAAUGAAGUUUGAUGAUGAUGCAUUUGAUGCACUCCUAUCCUUACAAAUAUUGUUAUUAGAUGGUUGCUUGGAGUUGAAAGAGGUACAUGAAGGAUUUAGCAACCUCAUAUCUAUUCAAGAACUUAGUUUUAAACAUUGCAAGAACUUGAAAGCCAUCUAUGCUAGUUUUGAGGGCAUGACAAAUUUGAAAAAGAUAUGGCUUAAUGGAUGUGAAAACUUAGAAGACACGCUAUUCAAUUUGAAGGCACUAUUAUCAUUAGAGUAUUUAAAUCUUCAAAAUUGUACAAAAAUGAAGUUCGAUGAUGAUGCAUUUGAUGCACUCUUAUCCUUACAAAUAUUAGUAUUAGAUGGUUGCUUGGACUUAAAAGAGAUGCAUGAAGGAUUCAGCAACCUUACAUCUAUUCAAGAACUUAGUUUUACAAAUUGCAAGAACUUAAAAGCCAUCCAUGCUAAUUUUGAGGGCAUGACAAAUUUGAAGAAGGUAUGGCUUGAUGGAUGUGAAAAUUUAGAAGACAUGCCAUUAGGUUUGAUGACACUAUCAUCAUUAGAGUAUUUAGAUCUUCAAAAUUGUACAAAAAUGAAGUUUGAUAAUGGUGCAUUUGAUGCACUCCUAUCCUUACAAAUAUUGUUAUUAGAUGGUUGCUUGGAGUUGAAAGAGGUGCAUAAAGGAUUUAGCAAUCUAACAUCUAUUCAAAAACUUAGUUUUACAAAUUGCAUGAAUUUGGAAGCCAUCCAUGUUAGUUUUGAGGGCAUGACAAAUUUGAAGAAGAUAUGGCUUGAUGGAUGUGAAAACUUGGAAGACAUGCCAUUAGGUUUGAAGACACUAUCAUCAUUGGAGUAUUUAAAUCUUCAAGAUUGUACAAAUAUGAAGUUUGAUGAUGAUGCAUUUGAUGCACUCCUAUCCCUACAAAUAUUGUUAUUAGAUGGUUGCUUUGACUUGAAAGAGGUGCAUGAAGGAUUCAAGAACCUCACAUCUAUUCAAGAACUUAGUUUAAAAAAUUGCAAGAACUUGAAAGCCAUCCAUGCUAGUUUUGAGGGCAUGACAAAUUUGAAGAAGAUAUGGCUUAAUGGAUGUGAACACUUAGAAGACAUGCUUUUAGAUUUGAAGACACUAUCAUCAUUGGAGUAUUUAGAUCUUCAAAAUUGUAUAAAAAUUAAGUUUGAUGAUGAUGCAUUUGAUGCACUCCUAUCUUUACAAAUAUUAUUAUUAGAUGGUUGCUUGGAGUUGAAAGAGGUGCAUGAAGGAUUUAGCAACCUCACAUCUAUUCAAGAACUUAGUUUUACAAAUUGCAAGAACUUGAAAGCCAUUCAUGUUAGUUUUGAGGGUAUGACAAAUUUGAAGAAGAUAUGGCUUGACGGAUGUAAAAACUUAGAAGUCAUGCCAUUGGAUUUAAAGAUACUAUCAUCAUUGGAGUAUUUAAAUCUUCAAGAUUGUGCAAAUAUGAAGUUUGAUGAUGAUGCAUUUGAUGCACUCCUAUCCCUACAAAUAUUAUUAUUAGAUGGUUGCUUUGACUUGAAAGAGGUACAUGAAGGAUUUAGCAACCUCACAUCUAUUCAAGAACUUAGUUUUGUAAAUUGUCAGAACUUGAAAGCCAUCUAUGCUAGUUUUGAGGGCAUGAAAAAUUUGAAGAAGAUAUGCCUUGAUGGAUGUGAAAACUUGGAAGACAUGCCAUUAGGUUUGAAGACACUAUCAUCAUUGAAGUAUUUAGAUCUUCAAGAUUGUAUAAAAAUGAAGUUUGAUGAUGAUGCAUUUAAUGCACUCCUAUCCUUACAAAUAUUAUUAUUAGAUGGUUGCUUGGACUUGAAAGAGGUGCAUGAAAGAUUUAGCAACCUCACAUCUAUUCAAGAACUUAGUUUUACAAAUUGUAAGAACUUGAAAGCCAUCUAUGCUAGUUUUGAGGGCAUGACAAAUUUGAAGAAGAUAUGGCUUGAUGGAUGUGAAAACUUAGAAGAAAUGCCUUUAGAUUUGAAGAUACUAUCAUCAUUAGAGUAUUUAGAUCUUCAAAAUUGUGUAAAAAUGAAGUUUGAUGAUGAUGCAUUUGAUGCACUCCUAUCCUUACAAAUAUUGUUAUUAGAUGGUUGCUUGGAGUUGAAAGAGAUACACAAAGGAUUUAGCAACCUCACAUCUAUUCAAGAAUUUAGUUUUACAAAUUGUAAGAACUUGAAAGCUAUCUAUGCUAGUUUUGAGGGCAUGAGAAAUUUGAAGAAGGUAUGGCUUGAUGGAUGUGAAAACUUAGAAGUCAUGCCAUUAGGUUUGAAGACACUAUCAUUAUUGGAGUAUUUAAAUCUUCAAAAUUGUACAAAAAUGAAGUUUGAUGAUGAUGCAUUUGAUGCACUCCUAUCCUUACAAAUAUUGUUAUUAGAUGGUUGCUUGGAGUUGAAAGAGGUACAUGAAGGAUUUAGCAACCUCACAUCUAUUCAAGAACUUAGUUUGAAAAAUUCCAAGAACUUAAAAGCCAUCUAUGCUAGUUUUGAGGGCAUGACAAAUUUGAAGAAGGUAUGGCUUGAUGGAUGUGAAAACUUAAAAGACAUGCCAUUAGGUUUGAAGACACUAUCAUCAUUGGAGUACUUAAAUCUUCAAAAUUGUACAAAAAUGAAGUUUGAUGAUGAUUCAUUUGAUGCACUCCUAUCUUUACAAAUAUUAUUAUUAGAUGGUUGCUUGGAGUUGAAAGAGGUACAUGAAGGAUUUAGCAAUCUUACUUCUAUUUAAGAACUUAGUUUUACAAAUUGUCAGAACUUAAAAGCCAUCUAUGCUAGUUUUGAGGGCAUGACAAAUUUGAAGAUAUGGCUUAAUGGAUGUGAAAACUUGGAAGACAUCCUAUUAGGUUUGAAGGCACUAUUAUCAUUAGAGUAUUUAAAUCUUCAAAAUUGU